UCACCACCCAUCUCACACUUCCUCCUUCUCCUUCGAGGCCACGUUUCAUCCUACUGGCCCCUGGACUGGGGUGUCCAGCAGCACCCCGACAUCAUGGGGCCCCCCAAACCCUCCUGGUGGUUUUUGCUCCUUUCUCUCCUUCUGACUAUGGAUGGUCUCAUUCCUGUCCAGGCCCAGAGCGAAUGCAACUGCUCUCCCGUGAGCCCCGGUGUGCUGGCUGGCAUUGUGCUGGGGGACCUAGUGCUGACCUUGCUCAUCGCCCUGGCUGUGUACUCCCUGGGCCGCCUGGUCCCGCGGGGACGAGGGUCUGCAGAGGCGUCUAGGAAACAGCACAUGGCUGAGACCGAGUCACCUUAUCAGGAGCUUCAGGGUCAGAGACCAGAUGUCUACAGCGAUCUCAACACUCAGAGGCAGUAUUACAAAUAAGCCUCAACCAUACCCUGAUGCCUGGAUCCAGCCGUUCCUGAGGUCCACCCAGUUAUGCCUGCCAACACCUAUGAAGAUAGGGAUCCACUGGGUGCCCAAAUAAAUAAUGGAUCA